AUGAUUCAAUGUGCCAUCUGUUGUCACGGAAUUGCAUUCACCCGAGAUCACAGAUCACAUGUGAUUUAAAGAUUUUGGAUUUGGAUCGUGAAAAAAAAUGAAAGCCCGAGAAUUGAUUAAAUUCAGUGUUAAUCCACUAUUGUCGGAAAAUCCAGCAUUACCCGUUGGCUAUAUCCGUAAUGCAUAUUACAAUGGUAUAGGAAGAUAUGUUUGCCAAUUACAACGUGUGACGAUAAAAUUCUGCAAAAACAGUGGCACAUCCCAUGGUGUUCGUGAUUUCAUCGAAAAUCGUUUGCUGGAUUUUAGCCGCCGUAAUCCUGGAAUUGUUGUUUAUGUAAAACCACGUCUACAUCGUACACCAGUAAUUGUCAGUGAAUAUCUUAAUGGCCAAACACAAUGGAUGAAUAUACGUAAUUUUAGUGAAGUAGAAAUUGAUUGGUGGCUUGAUUUUAUUCGUACACGAUCUGGUUAUGAAUUAAGUCAGCUAAUAUCUAUGUAUAAUGUUUCAACACCAAGUAUUCAAGGUGUAUGGAAUCCAUUCUUGAAUCGGCCAACCAAUUUAACUGUACAACAAUCAUCAUUUCCUAUUGCUGAACGUAGCCAAUAUGAACCUGAAUUACCAUCUGCAACUGAACAGUUAAGAAUUCUAGUGGAAAAAUUGAAUCUAACCGAUGUGGACGAAAAUCUAGUCGUUUCGAAAUGAAUGAAUGAUCGUGGUUGAAUAAUAACAAAUUUUUAUUUCAUUAAUCAAAAUCAAUGGGGAAAC